AGGAGAGGAGAGGAGCGCGUUGUUCCCAGCUGAGCAUCAGUGGGAGGAAACUGAGGAGGAGGAGGAGAUCUUAGAGCCGGAGCAUCGCUGCAGAAACACCAACACAAGAAGGAGCUGACAGAGAACCUAGUGGAGAGAAGGAGGAGAAGAAGAGGAGGCACAACUGGGGACCUCCAAGCAGCAGGAGAACCAAGGAGGAGAACCAUGAAGCAGCAGCAGCUCCAUCAGUUCUGAUCGGCCGCUCUGACCCAGCAGCUGAGCUGCAUUCAUCUUAUCAGCAGGAGAACAAGGUGAGGCGGCAGUGGGCGAGUUCUGACCCACUCAGCCGCCGUUUGAUUGGUGGCCUGUGAUGAUUGCGACAGGAGGCCUGCUGAGAAUCAACGCCCGGCGACAAGACUCUCUGAGGUCCAAACCGCACAGACCACAUGGAAACAAGAAAAAGAACAAAAACAAAAGACGCAACGAGGUGGUGGUUGUCAAGGGGAAGUUAAAGUUGUGCUCCAUCGCAGGACUGGUAGCUGUGCUCGGGAUCCUGGUCCUGCUGGUUGGUGUGCUGAUGGCAGCUCUGGGCUACUGGCCUCGCAAUGGACUGUUCCUCAGCUCUCAGCAUCAGGAGGGCGCCGCUAUGGCCUUGAUGGCCUUCAGAACUCCAACACCAGCAACUGUUGAGGUCCAGGAAAAAAACAGGUGGGAGGAGCUAGAAAGAGAUGACAGAGUCAACGCGGGAGAAGAUAAAAGAAAUGAGGAAGGAAAAGAAGAAAAUGUUUUUAACCAAACAGAGGCUAUCAAUGGGACCAAUCACCAUCUUCCACGAGGAUUUCUGGAAGAUUUCUUGGAAAGGUAUCUGUACUCUGACAAGCUGAAGGUCUUUGGCCCGCUCAUCAUGGGGAUUGGAAUUUUCCUCUUCAUCUGUGCCAACGCUGUCCUGCAUGAGAACCGAGAUAAGAAGACAAAAGUCAUAAACUUGCGGGACAUUUACUCAACCGUCAUUGACCUCCACAGUGUCCGAAAGCCUCAUUCUUCCUCGUCUGGCUCUAACCAUCCGCCGUCGGCCAAUCAACUCAACGGACUCAUUAACUACGUUCAGUCGAGGAGUCUGGACUCAAAGUACCGAACUUGCCCAGUUGCCCUGCUUUCGUCAAGGCAGUCUGCCAGUAGCAGGAGGUCCAGUGAUGGAGGGGGAGGUGCAGUCUUUAGUAUCUAUCAGGAGCUGCCUCUCUCCUCUGACAGACACUCCCUGCCACAAACGUCCACGCCCUGCUGGAGCUCCCACCACAAGGAGGUGCUCAACUCAUUCACGUUACCUCGGCCUCGCCAGCGGUCCCCCGGUCCCCGCAGAAGACACUCGUUCUGGGCUGGGACUGGCCGGGAGGAGGAAGAGCAGAAGAAGAAGGAAAUACAACCAGCCCCCGAAGGUGCCUCCUCUCCACCACACGGAGGCUCUGAGGCUUUGCUCCUCUUCUCUUCUUCCUCCCUCUCCUCCAUGUCCCACCUACUUUCUUCCUCCUCCUCCACACCCGCUCCACCCUGUAGAAGGCGGAGCCUCCCAACAGUGGUCUUAAACGCAGCCUACAGUGAACUGACUCAAGGAGAGGAAGAGUCCUCUGAGGGGUCCUCCUCAAAUAAGCUGAUCCCAGAGGGCCAUGUGCUACACUCGCAACAACUUUCAGAGAUGAAGUUCCAGCAGACGGAAACUGAGGUCAUACCUGCACCCUUUGGGAUGGAGGAUCCAGAGCCCAACUUAUGACCCUCAUGACGACACAGAGUAGCAAUACGAAGUCUUCCUUUUUAAAGACGGCACAAGCUUCCAGUUCCUGUAGACUGAGGAACUGAUCAGUGGCUACGGCCUAGUGACCUUGGUGGCAUUGCACUCGUCUCACGUUGCUUUUCUGGUAAACUUUAGCCACGCCCCCUUUAAUCUUACCUUUUCAAAAUAUUCUCUAAGUGAUAAGAAGCGAUCGCCUUUUUCAGGCGAUCAAAUGUCCUGGUUUAAUUCCUGUUUUAUCACAAAACUAGUUUUAAGGAAAAAAUAAUGUGGCAUGAUAAGUUUGGUUUACGAAUUGGUCUGUUGAUACUAGGAUUAGUACUAUUCAAUUCUAUUCAGUUUAUUUCUAUAGCGCCAAUUCACAUCAUGUCAUCUCAGGUCACUUUCCAGUUCAACCAGAUCAUCCAGUCAAGUUUUCUAUCUAAGGAAAACCAGCUGAAUUCGACUCUUUGACUUGAAUUCAGACGGAGAUAGCCUGAACAGCGCGCUGCUCAGCAGGCAGAACAGGAAGUGAACACGAUACGUCUCACCAACAGCAGCAAUAGCACCAUCUAGUGGCCAG